UCUCCUGGUCACAGGAGCGGUACUUCCGCGGUGUGGGAAGGGGACUCGCUGCAGAAGGGCGAACUCCGAUGGGGACGGGAGAAACGCAGCGCGCUGGCAUGGCCGAUCUGAGUGCGUCCCUGGCGCUGCUGACUGCCGUGGUGCUGCUCAGCGAAGCGAGCCGCAGGGCGGCCGCUAAGCUGUUGGCGCACCGAGCCGCUUAUGCCGUGGAGCUCAUCUCCACGUUUCAGCUCUGCGCCUGCACACAGGAACUGAAGCUCCUCGGCGAGCUGGGCCGGACCGAGCCGAGGGUCAUGCUGACUCUCACCUACCUCAUCUCGGUGGUCCACGCACUGACUUUCAGCGGGGCGAUAUGCAACCCCUCCGGCGCACUUGAGAGCGUCUACCGGCGCAGCCUGAGCUGCAGCGGCGCCCUGUGGCGGAUCGCCUGCCAGUUCCUGGCGGCUGCGGUAGCACGUUCAGCGGCGCCGUAUCUGUGGGCUCUGGGUAUGUACGAGCUGCACGUCCGGCACAGAUCGCUACUAUUUCAGUGCCUGAGUCCGAUUGACGUCCCGUUGCCCGCCGCCGCGGCCGUGGAGCUGGGCUGUGCUUUCGCCGUGCAGAGCGCGCUCACGUGCUUCAAGGGGACGGAUGUGAAAUACAGGGUCCAUAUAAUAGCUGCGGUCAUCACGACGCUCGUCUAUGCAGGUGGUCGCUUCACCGGUGCUGUGUUCAACCCAGCACUAGCUUUCUCCACGCAAUUCGCUUGCGAAGGACACACCUUCAUGGAAUAUUCUAUAGUCUACUGGCUGGGACCGGUUUUGGGUAUGACCUUCUCCGUUCUGCUCUCUGACAAGGUCAUCCCGCUCUUGUCUGGAAGAACGUUCCAGAAGGACACAGAGUUUCUUCCAGCUGCAACUAAAAAGUUACAGUAAAGAUGCUCGGAGAGUCGGGAAUCAGCCAGCAAUUCUAGCGAUAGUCAAAGAUUCCGGAGUGGUCAUACUUACACCACGGCGUGAACAGGGGCUUCUCCUGCAUUGUGGGUUUAAUGAAAUCACCAGAAGAGUCCUGCAGAUGUACACAUACGCCGCUCAUCGCCAAUCCAUCUGCACUGUUACGCAGUCUAUGGCCAGAUCUGCUGUUUCUGUGUAUUCCCUGGCUCAGGUAAAAUGGCCGACGGACAGCACACGGUAUUAGCAAUGCAGGAAACAAAGCGAUGCGCGUCACCAUAAUUAGUGACUGCGAUGGUGAGCCACCGUACUUCACCUUUUUUAAGCACAGCAGGAAUGUCCUUCUUAGGAAUACUUAACUUGAAAUUAGACUGAGCACAAGGACAAGCCUGAGAACUUUAGAUGGGAACAAUGAUGGAAAAAUGUAUCUGGGUAAGUACCUCAGAUGGAACAGAUAAUGCUGGAAAGGGGGUUAAUUGUAUUAUCCAAUAGUGUUUUUAAUCAAUCGAUGCUCGUUUAGCGCAAUGCUGAGUUUGCAUAAAUUUGCACAGUAUUUUAUAUAGAAGUCAGGCUGGAAUGAAUCAUGUCAGUCUAGUGGCAAUUUGUAUGAAUCACUUGUGUUGUCUGUAAUGUGUACAGAGUAACAUUCCGAAGUUGGCCACCCUCCCUGACAUUAAACACUAAUCUGUGAAUGAUA